AUGAGCAGCAAUGGCUCGUUGCAUCCGCCUAAGAUAAUUACGGCAUUAUCACGACCUCCAGCCACUAUUGGAGCUCAUGGUGGAUCUACAUUGACUUCUUUGUCUUCAUCUCCAGCACCUUCAUCUGUCGGUGCGUCCUUCUCGCCAUACGCCAAGAGUCCUGCGCGUAACGCCAGACGCGUCGCUAUGGAAGGGAAGAGCUUGUUCACGUGCCACCAAUGUGGUGCAUUGCUCAAAUUCCAACAUAGUCCAGUGUCUAUUGAGGAGAAGAUCAUGAAGCUUCGACCGGUGGCCUACGAGCACCCGUCGGAGGUGUCCGAGCAACGAGACAGCAAGGUAGAAGACGAGGAAGACCAGAUGCCAAGACUUACAGAAAGAACGGACGCUGGAGAGGCUAUAGAUGCAGAUGAAGAGGAAGAAGUAUCACAUAUAGCAGCCAGGUCCUCACUAAGUCAACAGCAACAGCAGCAAAAGACGCCGGCUAUUGUCCCUGAGAUUGUGUGGGAACGACAACGUCUGGACUACAGCAGUGAUGUUGGUGUUUGGGUGCCUGCUGAAUUCGACCUCGUAAAUAGGAUUGCAGCUUACACGAGCUGCAAUCGUGGAGAUAUUGGACAAAACAUUGCAGAUGUGGUGCCGGCGCGACUACUGAACAAGCCGCACUUGUGGAUAUCGGACUGGGAGGUGGAUUACUCCCUCCCGCACUGCGAUGAAGAAGGGUGGGUAUAUGCAUCCUCGCACGUAGAUUUUGGCAAGCUGGAGGAGCCUCAUGUGCAUCGAGAGGAGGCAGUGAAAGGUGGCGAGCUCAGUAGAACUGCCAAAAAGACUGAAAAGUCUGAUGCAAUGUCGCAAGAGCGUGUUGUUCGUCGAAGAUGUCUGAUACGAAAGCGCCGCAUUGAUGGCAGUGAUCUCAGCUGGUUCCAGGAACUACUGGACUGCAGCACGGUUCUACUGAAAAAGAGGUUGCCUACUUGUCAUGACUGUGAAACGAAGGUGCUGUCCCGAUUUACUCAAGUAUUGAACGAACUGGAGGAGGAUCGAGCUCAAUACGAGGAUUUUAUGGCUCAAUUUGCAGACGAAGAGCGGGCAUCAGCACGAACAUUGAGCGACGACGGAGAUUACAAUGCCGAUGAGUGGCACCUUGACCCAGAGCUUUGCGCUUUGGAGGAGGAAGAGCGACAACUAAAGGCUGAGUUAGAGGCCAUCGAGGAUGAAACUGUACAAGUGACAGCUAAAAGGCGUGAGCUUUGGUCAACUGGAAUAGAUCUCGAGCGUUUGGUUCAUGGCACGUUUGCUGAAGGAGCGUUCUUGCAGCAUUUAUUGGGUCUGAGUCGCGACGAGCGCCAAUCGGUGGGUGUAUUUGCAGUGCAUGCAUCAGAUAUGCUGCGCCGUCUCCAGCGCUACAACGUGUGCAACGAUGUCUUCCACAUCUGGCACGACGGUCUAUUCGGUACCAUUAAUGGACUGAGACUUGGCAGGUUACCGUCUAAACCGGUGGAGUGGGUCGAAAUUAACGCGGCAAUGGGCCAGGCAGUGUUGUUGCUGGCAACUAUCGCUGACCGUGCCGGUUUUGAAUUUUCACGUAACCGUCUCGUGCCUCGGGGGAGCUUCUCCCGUGUAGUCAAUAUGUACGGAAAAGAGUACAGUCUGUACAGCGACGGUGGCAUGUUCCGACGUCGAGGCUUCAAUCAAGCUAUGAUUCUAUUUCUCGAGUGCGUGGAGGACGCAGGUCGUCGUGCCAUGAAAGAAGAGCCAUUGCUCAAGUUUCCGUACAAGGUGGAGCGCGGCAAAAUCGGUGGUCUGCCUAUUUCUCUUGGUAACGAUGAGCAGUGGACUCGAGCGCUCAAGUACAUGCUCACGCAUCUUAAAUGGCUCUUGGCUUGGAUUUCGAAGCGCUAUUGA